AUGGGAAGAGAGAUGUCUAAUCCUCCGGCCAACCAGAAGCAGCCGUCAUCGGUGGCGUACACGGUGGAGCAGCUCGUCGCCGUCAAUCCCUACAACCCCGACAUCCUCCCCGAUCUCGAAAACUAUGUUAACGAACAAUUUGAGCCUGCGAGGAUGAGCACCCAGAUUGUUGCUCGCAUUUUAAUCAAGGCUAUAAUGGCGAUGCCGGCCCCUGAUUUCAGCCUCUGUCUCUUUCUAAUUCCUGAAAGAGUGCAACUAGAGGAGCAAUUUAAGACUCUCAUUGUUUUGUCGCACUACUUGGAGACGGCCAGAUUCCGCCAGUUUUGGGAUGAAGUUGCUAAGAGCCGCCACAUGUUAGAUGCUGUUCCAGGCUUUGAGCAAGCAAUUCAAACAUACGCCAUUCAUGUCCUUUCACUGACUUACCAAAAGGUCCCGAGGUCUGUUCUUGCUGAGGCCAUCAACAUCGAGGGUCCGGCACUGGACAAGGUAAUCGACUACCACAUUUCAAACUCUGGUUGGGAGAUUGAGAAGAACGAAAGCAAGGGCCCACUUAUUGUGCUUCCCCGUAAUGAAUUCAACAAUCCACAUAUCAAGAAGAAUGCUGCAGAUGGUGUACCUUUGGAGAAAAUCGCACGAAUCAUCCCAAUUCUUGGUUGA